GAUCCUUCUGACCAAGCAUUGAGCUUGACGCCACCGAUCGCCCACCAAACUCCGGUCACAUCAGACUCAGUUAAAGUUGAUACGCCUUCUCCUUCAAACAAGCUUAAACAGAAGGACACUUCAGCCAUCACUCGAUCACAAUCUACCCGCGCUCGACUCCCACGCCGCCGACCGAACCGCAAUUCUCCACUUCAGACUACCACUGCUUGCAUCGUUGCCGGCACUGCUUCCGGUCCUGCCCAUCCUACCACCCAUCUUGCCUCACAACCAACUUCUUCGGUUGCGAUUGGGCCUAGGCGCAGUCAGCGCAAGCUUGUCAAGGCAUCCGAGGAUGGUUCUCGUGGUCGACAAUUGAUGACUAGGAGCAAUGAGAAGCAAAACCUGGGGAAAACGUACUCUGGCUUAGAUUUAGAUGGCUGUCCAUCAUCGUCAUUGGUGCACAAUAAGCAACGACGCGCCAAACCGAGAAAAGUGACAAUCAAUAUAUCUUCUAAGCAAAGUUCUUGUCUACCUUUCCUAAAUUCGCUUCAGGCCACCAAUCCCACCUCGUCGCAGAUUGAAACAUCUAUAUCCUCAUCAAGUAAGCCUACAGGUGAUCGGACAUUGCCUUGCGUCACAUCCGUCAGUACGGAUCUGAAUCCAUCCCCGUGGCUUCAAGAUCAAUCAUCACUCGAUUUGGCCCCUCCCUUCGUAUCGAGUACAUCAUCUAUUAAAUCGAUACCCAACUCAUCAUCCGCACUAUCUCUUGGAUUCACCAGUCAACCUCUUUACCCGAACCUACUGUUCCACUUUCCAUCUCCAACUCCUUCUCGGCACCCACCUCCACCUUAUCCUGGUCCACUUCCCUCAUCACCUGCAUCGAUACACGGUUUCGUCUCACAACCAAGUCAACCACCUCCCUCUUCUUUCUAUCGCCUAACCAACCCACCUCCCUAUCCUUCUCCUUCACCACGAUCAACACCGCGAUCGCAACCUUUGUGUUGUACGACUACUACAAACACCACCCAUCGACCCAAGCGACCUUUAUCAGCUGCAGACCGGUUUGAUAAUUUGAAUAGGACCAAGAAAAUUAAGCUUCAGCACCAGUUUCGAUCAACUUUAAUUUUCUCGGCUCCCAUUUUUCACACAAUGGCGAUUCCAACUAUGCCUAUCACUCCUGAUAGCCGUCUCAGGGCCACCAGUGCAUGCUUUAUACCUUCAAACCCCCAACCGGGCUGGAUCGGUAGCCCAGCUUCUGCCGAAGGUCGAGCCAGCGCCCUGUGCCCUAUCAACAAUCGAUGGACCGGCACCGGCCAAGGCUGGCAACAGCAUCCCGCUGGUGGCAAGGUUUUUUAUCCUUGGAUGGCCCAACAAGCCCCUUCCCCCUCGUAUACAGCAUCCGCCUCGCGGUCUUUCAACCAUCAUCCCACUCAUCCCCAACCUCAGAUAUAUCCCGCCAACAAUGUGGUGAUGUAUGCUCCCCGUUUGAUGCAUCGCCCAGCGCCCGUCUCGCAGGCUGCACCAUUAAAAGCCCAUUUGUUGACCAUCCUACGUAUGAGAUCCAACACGGGACCUGGCGAGGCUAGCUUGAAGUUUAGAAAAUGGGUGUUCUGGAAUG